UACUCAGACGUGAUCGAAAUCGUCAUGGAGGCGGUGCUUUGAUAGCAACCAAAAGUUCAUACAAAAUCGUACACCGUGACGACAUUAAACCCAACGCUGAGAUCCUGAUUGCAGAAAUCAUACUUAAACACAAUCAAAAAAUUACUUUAGUCGUCUUUUAUAGACCACCAAAUAGUGAUCUAUAUCCUUUAGAAGAACUACAAAGAAUUCUCAGCGAAGUUUCGACAUCAGAAUUGAUAGUUGUGGGCGAUUUUAACAACACUGAGAUAGAUUGGUCUAAUGCAA